GGAAGGAACCGUGAUCGAUAACUUGAUUUUUCAGAUUGAUUUGUGUGUUGUGAUUAUGGCUGAGGAAACAAGCGUGGAAAAAUAUUUCGGAGGACUACAGAAAACAUUCUGUGCUGAAAGCCAAGAGCUAUCUGGAAAAACUAUUUUCGGUGUCUAUUUGCCCCCUAAAGCAAUAGCUGGCGAGAAGUGCCCAGUUGUGUACUACCUUAGUGGUUUGACCUGCACAGAAGCGAAUUUUAUUCAAAAGUCUGGCUUCCAGAAAUAUGCAUCUGAGCUGGGCUUGAUAGUUGUGAACCCUGACACCAGUCCCAGAGGAGCCGGGGUAGACGGUGAGGAUGAGUCAUACGAUUUAGGCUCUGGAGCCGGGUUCUAUCUGGAUGCGACUGAAGAGAAGUGGAAAAAACACUACAGAAUGUACUCAUACGUGACCAAAGAAUUGCCCGAGAUUGUAGCAGCAACUAUUCCGCAGGCGGAUAUCAGUCGUGCGGGUGUCUUUGGACACAGCAUGGGAGGCCAUGGCGCUCUGACCAUCUAUUUGAAAAAUCCCGACAAAUACAGGAGUUGUUCUGCUUUUGCCCCGAUUUGCAACCCAAUCAACUGCCCAUGGGGACAGAAAGCACUGCCGAGUUACCUAGGGUUGGACAAAAGUACCUGGGGACAGUACGAUGCCUGUGAACUUAUUAAAACUAUGUCAGAUGAAAAGCAAAAACUGUUGAACCCAAUCUUGAUAGACCAAGGUUCUGCUGACAAUUUUUUGACCGGAGGUCAAUUAUUGCCUGAAAAUUUGGUAUCUGCAGCGAAGGAAAAAGGCGUGAAGGUUGAUUAUAGAUUGCAAGAAGGCUAUGGACACGCUUACUCGUUUGUUAGUACCUUUACUGGAGAUCAUUUGAAGCAUCACGCUGACCUGCUCAGAUGAACACCCUAUGGAGCUGAAGGAAAUUAUCCAUUGAACUGGACUUUUCAAACUACUUUAUCAAAAACAUUUAUACAUUUUUCUUAAGAUAUUAUACGAAUAAGUUAAACUUAUAAGCGAGA